AUUGCACUGUUUAUAAAUCAAAUUGCAUUUUUAUAAGAUAGCAACUAAGUAACACCUAAAAAUGAGUGCGUUUGAAAAUGCGACGGAAGCGGCUUCCCUCGCAGUUAGAUUUGACGAGACAGGACAAACGGACAAAGCAGUGGAAUGCUAUAGAACGGCGGCAAGAUUGCUGGACAGAAUUAGAGAUUCUGUACCGCCAGAACGGCGAAUGGAAGUAGUAAACAAAGUUAGAGAAUAUUUGGAGAGAGCUAUACUCUUACAGGAACAGAAAGAUGUGGUACAGCAAGCAGAAAGUGAGCGGAGUAUGCAGAAAUGUUACUUCUUGAUGCAGCAAGCUCUAGACGCUGAUGAGGCGGGCCUCAAAGAUAUUGCUCUCCAGUCUUACACAAGUGCUGUUGAGCUGGCUUUGAUAGCAGCUAAGAGUAAUCCAAAUCCAGAAGUAAAGUCAAAAUUAAACGGUUUGGCCUCACAAGCCUUAGAAAGAGCUGAGAAAAUAAAGGGUAUUGGAAAAAUAGGCGCCUUAUCUAUAAAUGAAACUAAGAAACCAGCAGUUUCACCAAGUAGAGCACAGUUGCAAAGAGAACAAAGUGUUCACCUCAAAGUCAGUGGGAAGCAAGUCUACACAGAAGAGGAGAAAGUCGUAUUAAGAGAGACAUCAAAAAUCAACCGCAAUUGUUUUCUUCCUUUUAUGGAUGUGGACUUGUCGGAAAAGUUUCAGUAUGCAAUACCCUUUGAGGACAGAGCUAGUGAAUUGAAAUUGUCUUCAAAACAGGAGAGAGAGUUCGAUAGAUGGGUGAGACCGCAUGAAGUGUCUGCUGAUCCGAAGAUGAUAGUCGGAGACCAUGUGGAUUGUUACAGUAUUAAACAAACUAUAGUAUCAGACUGUUCAUUUGUGGCCUCCCUAGCUGUAAGUGCACUGUACGAAAAGAGAUUUAAAAAGAAAAUUAUCACCUCAAUAAUAUAUCCCAAAAAUAAAAAUAAGGACCCAGUGUAUAAUCCCUUUGGAAAGUAUAUGGUUAAGUUACAUUUAAAUGGAGUUAGAAGAAAGGUAAUAAUAGAUGACAGACUGCCCUAUAGUAAAUACGGGCGCCUGUUGUGUUCAUACUCGAGCAACAAAAACGAGUUCUGGGUGUCGAUGUUGGAGAAGGCGUAUAUGAAAGUCAUGGGCGGAUACGACUUCCCUGGAUCUAAUAGUAAUAUAGACCUCCACGCGCUUACCGGUUGGAUCCCCGAGCGCGUGGCAUUACGGCCGGACGAGGCGACGUUCGACGCGGAGGCCGUGUUCGCGAACAUGCGCGCUCGGCUCGCGCGUGGCCACGUGCUGGCGACGGCGGCGACGGGUGCACUCGACGAGCCGCUCGCCGAGCGCGCCGGCCUCGUGCCGAGCCACGCGUACGCCGUGCUCGAUGUGCAGUUGGUCGAUGGCGUCAAACUGCUAAAACUCAAGAACCCCUGGUCGCACGUCAGAUGGCGGGGCAACUACAGCGAGCUAGACAGCGUGCACUGGACGGCCGAGUUGCGUCGCGCGCUUGCAUACGACCCGGACUCCGCCGCACAGUAUGAUAAUGGAGUUUUCUGGAUAGACUAUGCCAGUAUACUGAAGUUCUUCGAUGUCUUCUAUUUAAAUUGGAACCCGGAGAUAUUCAACUACACAUACUGCAUACAUCAAAAAUGGGACGCCGGCAACGGUCCAGUGAAAGACGAGUUCAAUAUAAGCGAGAACCCGCAAUUCACGCUUCACGUCCAAGAGAAGGGGGAAGUGUGGCUACUGCUCACGCGACACAUCACAGACAUAGAAGAUUUCAAGGACAACCGCGAAUAUAUUACAUUACUUGUGUACAAGAGCGGCCGACGGAUAUAUUAUCCAUUUGACCCUCCCCCCUACAUAGACGGCAUACGUAUCAACAGCCCCCACUAUUUAUGCAAGAUCUACGUUGGCGACAACUCGGCGGAUCGCUACACGCUAGUCGUGUCGCAGUAUGAGAAGACGCGGACGAUACAUUACACGCUGCGAGCGUACGCGACGUGCAAAUUCGCGAUGGCCAAGAUUGAACCGUUCCCGUUUACGAAAAUUAUAAAAGGCGAAUGGUCGGGUCACACGGCCGGCGGUUGUGAGAACCAUCGCGCGACUUACCCCAACAACCCUAAAUACACAAUUCGGGUGCCGGAGUCCCGGGGGCCCUGCCACGUCGUCUGCCAGCUCAAGGGGCCCAAACAGUACCAGAUUGGAGUCGACGCGAGGGUUGAGUCGCUAGAUGAUCCCAGUGUUACGGCGCCGUUUUUGAGAGAGUCUUCUGGGCCGUAUCGAUCGGGCUUCGUAGUCCUCGAGCUGCGGAGUCUUCCGGCGGGGCGGUACAUCAUCACGCCCUCUACCUUCUACCCCGGACAGGAGGGACCGUUCUUCCUGGAGCUCAAGUCCACCUGUGACGUCACCUGCGAACCCCGUUACUAGAGGGGCAGAAGAGAAGAGAUAGUGCUGACUAGAUGAUAUAAUAUCAGAGAAGUAAUUGAUUAAGCAGGUGGCGGACCUACGUAAUUUAGUCGCGUUAUGUUAAACCCAGCUCACA